AUGGGCCCUCGCACAAAUAGACAAAUCCUUACUCAGGGGAAGAACUAUGUUGCCAAGCAAGCUAGGAAGUUCGGGGCUGACGAGGUCAAUUUCGACAAAGACUCGCGGCUGGAGUAUUUGACAGGGUUUCAUAAGCGUAAGUUGGAAAGGCAAAAGAAGGCACAAGAUUUCAUAAAGGAGCAGGAUCGUCUAGCCAAAAUCGAGGAGCGUAAGCAAAUGCGUGAGCAGCGCCGAAAAGAGGCAGAGGAACAGAUGCGGAAAUUCAAGGAAACAAUGAAAGAAGUGGGUGACUAUAUUGGUAGCGACCAGGAGCAAGAGGAGGAUGAGCAAGAUGGCAAAGACAAAGAAGGUGUAGACGGCUCUGCGAGCGAAGAAUCAUGGAACGGGUUCUCCGAUGACGAUCAGGAAAAUGACGUAAAACCUAUUCUCAAGAAAACGAAACAGGUUUACGAAGACGACACACAGGUUGAUAUUGAACCGCUCGAGCCCAACGAGAAUUUCGAAUAUUUGGCGACGCUGAACAAUGUCAAGUUGGAACAAUCAAAAAAGGUGUUGGAUGACAGCAUCGAGCGCGCCGCGAAAUAUGCUAAGUUCUUGGGCAUGGACGAAAAGCCCAAGAAGAAGAAGAAGUUUAGAUAUCUGAGCAAAGCAGAGAGAAGGCAAAAUCAGAAAAAGGCCAACGAUAAUAAGCGCAGGAAGUAG